CAAUGAAUGGUCAUGUGGGGGGCCGUCCAACACAAACUUUAAUUGGAAAACGGAGUCUAAGGUUUUGAAAAUAAAAGGGACAAAGUGACACAUCUCACGGCUGAUUUGGUGCUUCUUUUAAAAUAUUGCUUAUCACCUCUGUUCCCACUUCCCAGCUUUCACGUCUCAAAAACCAUAAACAUAUCUCCACUUUUGUCCGCUUUUCUUUCUCUAUUUAUUAGACUCCCUUUCUAGUUGCUUCCUCCACAUCACACCAAUAUGGCUCUCUUACUCUUUCUUUGCCUCGUUCUCAUUUCCUCUCUUUGCACGGCCUCUGCUACUAGUGCUCCACACAUUUCUCCACACCUCGACGGACUUCUAAAAAAUGGUAACUUUGAGCGAGGACCCAAAAAAUCAGACCUCAAGAAAACAAUUAUCCAAGGAAAGUACUCACUUCCGGAUUGGGAAAUUCAGGGUUUAGUGGAGUACGUUUCAGGCGGGCCGCAGCCCGGUGGGUUUUACUUUGCAAUCCCUCGCGGGGCUCAUGCGGUAAAGCUGGGCAACGAUGCGUCCAUUUCUCAAAACGUGAGCGUCAAGCCGGGCUCGGUUUACUCUCUGACGUUCGGCGCCACACGGACGUGUGCUCAGGACGAGGUGCUGAGGGUGUCGGUGCCGGGGCAGUCGGUGGAUCUCCCCAUUCAGACGUUGUACAGUAGCGACGGCGGAGACACCUACGCCUGGGCUUUCAAGGCCGCGACCGAAAUUGUUAAGGUGACGUUUUAUAAUCCGGGAGUGCAAGAGAAUGCUGCCUGUGGGCCGCUUUUGGAUGCCAUUGCAAUCAAGGAAAUAAUACCUGCCAGAUACACCAAAGCUAGCCAGCCACAAAUCAAGAGAUCACCGAUGGCAGUGCAGAAGCAUAGCAUCUUGUCUGCCAUGGUGGUGCUCUUGUUGGCUAUCAAGAUGGCAUCAUCUCAACCAGCUCCAGCGCCGGCAAGUCCAAUCCCGAAUGUUAAAUCCCUUGAAGAACCACGAAAGCUAUCAGCGACAGAAGAGCUGUUUAUGCGAAGCUGCUCGAAACACCCCGUGACUGAAGAGUGUGGUAAAGCUAUUUGGAAACUUGUAUUUACGGAUCCAAGCAAAGACGAGCAUCUCUCCGCGGAGUGUUGUUUACAACUUUAUGAUUUCGGAUUUGAAUGCCAUUCAGGCUUAGUCGAGUUAAUAAUGUCUUCACCUUACUUUCUAGGGUACAAAAUCGAAGUUAGAGAGAGAAGCCAAAACAUCAAAAACUGCGGUUUCAGGUUUUAGCGGCGGAAAAUGAAUUAUAUCAUGUUGUUCUGCUGUGCCAACAUAAAUUAUAAAUAAAAACAGAGAUCAUGUAUUUUAUUAUAUGAUUGAAAAUAUUUAUUCUCUACAAUAAAUAUUGAUAAAUGAA